CUCGGCAGUCUGCUACAGACAAGGGAAGCGCUUCAGCUGGUACGGAGCCCCGUGCGGCGGAGAGACACACACACACACACAGACAAUAGCACCGAGAGCUGUCUAUAUGCGGGGAUAAGCGCUGUAUUUAUUUUGUGCCAUUUGGAUUACUUACACCGGGAUCCUGCCCUGUUUAUCCAACGCGAUUUUGUCACUAAUGGUGAUCGGAUACUGGAAUUGGUGAUUGUUCACACUAACGCCAUGAGUGGGCUUCUCAAGAGGAAGUUUGAGGAGGUGGAUGAGGACCCAUGCUACUCCUCACCCUCCUCCCUCUCCUCUGCCUGCUCAGGCUGGGACUCGGAGGGAGAGAGCUGCUACUCGGACACCCUGGAUUCCACUCCAAGCAACCCCAGCUCCCCAGCAAAACAUUUCAACACAACAUCCAUCCUUAAGAAAUCCAAGCGAGCACGACGGGGCAACGUGACCUUUGACCAGGUGACGGUGUUCUUCUUCCCACGGUGCCAGGGCUUCACCAGUGUUCCUAGUCGAGGAGGAUGCACUCUGGGCAUGAUGCAGCGCCACAGCGUGCUCCGCACGUAUACGCUUGCUGAGUAUGCUGUGGAGCAGCGGCUCCUACGCCGGGAAAAACUCCUCAACAGGCUCAGGGAGGAGAAGCUGGAGGCUCUCAAACUGAAGCUGACUAACAAUGGAACCCAAGAGAGUGAGGAGGCCGAGCGGCUAACAGUGGACGACAUCCCCGAGCAGGACAUCAACAUCAGUGGAGCCAACUUGGAUGAGGGCUCUUUCCUCCAGCCUUACCCGCCUAAACAUCGCUACGCACUGCUCAAAGCAGCUGGUGUGAAAAAGAUUGACAAGGAGGAGAAGAGGCACCUGCAUGAGCUGAGGAUCUCCAGGGAGAACUGCGGUUGCGACUGCCAGGGUUUCUGCGAACCUGAGACGUGUAGCUGCAGCUUGGCUGGCAUCAAAUGUCAGAUGGAUCAUUCCUCUUUCCCAUGUGGCUGUACGAAGGACGGCUGCGGAAACACAGAGGGUCGCAUUGAGUUCAACUCUACCAGGGUACAGACGCAUUACAUCCACACUAUCAUGAAGCUGGAGCUGGAGAAGAGACUGGAGGAGCAGUCUAGCACAGAGGAGGAGGAGGAGGAGAACACAACAGCAGCCACCCCCUUACCAGCAGUACCCUCCUUUCCCUUUAACUCGGAACUGGCGGUAGCUGGAGAGAACAGUUGCAGCAGCGAUAUGACAGACUCAGACUCUUCAGGUCAGAGCGAGGACUCCGAGGUAGGCGAAAGCCGGUGUGUGCAUAACACCCAGCUGGAUGUCGAUGAGAAAGGCCUGAGCCGCAUUCUCAGUUUCAGCGACACCGGCUCAAGAAGUAGCAGGGAAGGCGGGGACUGUAAAAACUUUUGCUGCCCAGAUCAACAGCAAGAAAAGCAGCCGCCAUCUACGGAGACUUUUACUAGCUUUAGCAUGGUGGACUUUGCUGACGAAAAUGACAAUAUAGACGCUGCACUGUUGGACUCUGCAGAUGAUCACACAGACAAUCGAGCAACAGCCAUCUCAGAACUUUUGGAUGAGAACGCCAACCAGGGAAACGCCCUAUUCCAUAGCAGUAGUGUGCCACGCACGCCCUCCCCCUCCGUUGAUCGCUCUGCGAGCUAUAACAUGGACCUGAGCCUCUCCUCGGAGUCAGACCUGGAGUUCUUUGACGGCUUCCCCUGCUUGGGGCCCAGCUCGCUCUACAACUCCCUCAAGGAGUAUGAACACAUGGACAACUUUUUUCAGUUUCAGUUGCCUAGUUACCCCAGCCUCCCUCCGGCGAGUGACCCAGGGACCUGCCUCCUGGAGUCACUGAUUGGCCUUUCAGAAUCCGUCCCAGAACCCCCUGCCACAUUUACAGACAAUCAGCUGUUGGAGGAAGCCAUGAAAUUGUCUGUGAUGGAGUCUGUGAAGGUUUGA